CCGAUUUCGCCAGACAGUCGAUCGGGCUGCUUUACUACUCAUGAUUGAUUUGAUUCAUUGCCAGUUUGGUCUCCGGUGUCUGGGAUUCGUUUGGUCGGAUGGAGAGAGUUUGCCCAGCGCUAACAUAUUUCACUCCCAUGAGACAUCAGCUGCGCACAACUUAUCUGGGAAUCCUUUAGAGAUUCCGGAAAUCGUCAACUUAUCAUUAGAGUCCAAACUUAUCCAUGAAACGACAAGAAGAGAUAAGGAAACCUCGAAACUCUUGGAUCUCACGGGAAAAAGACCCGUUUCCUGUUCACAGAUUGAUUUCAAAGAUGGAAUGCUUUAUUAUUUGUGUGACGAGGGCUCGAAGCUUUUCGGUGUUUUCCCGCUAACGAAAACCAGCAAACGGAUUUUGCGGAUUAAUAUCGUGACAGAUCCCGACCUUUCGUUGAGUCUUACUGAUGUUCAGCGGAGACAUACACUGCUGUAUCCUGAAUUCAGAUGCCGAUACGAAGCCGUCUACCAGUUUACUUGUGCUACGUUCACCGCACAGUUUGAUAAGUGUGAAAGCCUCAUUGGACCACCACUUUCUUUCGUCGUUGGAUCAUUGAGUACAGAGGUUGAUCUUCUCUCAGGCUCUUGCCUACCUUCGAUUCUCGAUGAUCUGAAGGUUUUGAAGACAAUUUAUGAAGCUCACGAAUUGGGCCUGUCCUCGUGGAAUUCCAAUCAGUCUUCGCUCACUAUAGAGGAAUUUCAAACGAAUUUGCCGAAUAUUUUCAUUUUGUUUUAUCUGGUUCCUAACAAAACCAUAGAUCAGGUCAAACAAAACACAACAUUCGAUGCAGUUUCGUGCACCAGUAUGCGAGGUUUGCUUGCCAAUCGUCGGCCAGACUCUACUGAACUCCUGUGGGAUACCGUAAAAAGAGUUUCUUCCGGUCAUGCAUUUCGCUCGUUUGUGAACAGUGCGAUUGCUUACCUUCUUGACCAUCGGGAGGUUUUGGAGUUGCAUCGGCGAAACGAUACUCAGUUGGCCAUCAAGUUACGUUCUCUUCUAAGUCGAGGUGGCCCUGUGAACAUCGAUUCUGGAGUUCCUUUUCCGUUUGGGAUCGAAUCCUUGUUAGAACUGGGUCUUAACAAACUAACCAACGAUUGUCUGUGUUUAUUGGAACCCUUUGUCCCGGAAGUGGCGCUAUCCUCACCUGAUCCCGAUAAAUCAUGGAGUUUGGAGUAUCGUUGGGCUUGCCUUUAUCACCUCUACAAAGCUAGUUGCUUCCUUGCUAGUUUCACUUCACAUUGUUCUAAACAGGCAUUCGUAUCCGAAUUACAGAAGAUACUCAAUAAACCCGAUGAAAAGAAUGAGUGGCGCUCUCUUUUAUGCAGUGACACACCUCUCAUAGUGCGGCAUCAAUUCGAACUACCUGUGUCCGAGCUCCUGGUUCCCAUUUCCGGCAUCCUUCCGUCUUUGUGGAUUAUGCAGUUGGAUGCAGACCAACCAGUGCGUACUUCCGUACGCCUCGUGUAUGAACAAAUCUCAGGCGGUGUUGGUGAGAAGAAGUACAUUUGCCACGAAAUGAAACUGGUUGAUACGUACUGGCCGAGUGCAGCUACGUCUCCUCUGUCAUGAACCGCCCUGAAUUUCAAAUGCUCAAAUGUUCAGCCUUACUCUCCCUACCGCCUGGCAGCUUUAUUAUUUUCUUACCGUUCUCGUUACUGGCCCAGAUUAUUUUUUUGUGUCAUAACUGAUAAACAAUAUGUUGUUCAGCUUUUUCCCGUUCUUUGUUAGUAUUCCAAUGAUUCCCGUGUCGAGCAGUAUUUUCCAUUUUGUUAAAUUCUUGAAUUGUUGAACUUGAGUUUGCU